AAUUUUUCUCCUUGCCCAUUUUUCUAAUUUUUAUUAUCAAAAAAAAUUUGUGUGAACUGAUGAAGGGGGAGGGAUGAAGAAGAAUAAAUCUCCGCCGGCAUUAAUUCACCCCCCUUUACCCGUUACCGUUUGAGGGCAUUAAUUGCCAUCCGAUGAACAUCGACAUUUCUUUAAAAGUCUGCGUAGUUUCUCCUUGUUGCAGCUAAUGGUCCCUUGUUUUCAGGGUUUUAUAAUCUGAAUUUCGCCCUUGAUUUCUAUUCAUUUUACUCAUUCUGUAAUCCUGUUUUUUUUGGAGGGUGAUCGAGCAUGUCCGGACCUCUUGAUCGCUUCGCAAGGCCUUGCUUUGAGGGUUCGUCUGCAAACGAUGAGAGGCGGGAAAGAAAAUCUGAUUUUGAGUGCUCAGAGGAAGAGAGAAGGACAAGAAUGAGUUCUCUCAAGAAGAAAGCUCUGAGUGCGUCAACAAGAUUCAAACACUCUCUCAAGAAAAAAAGCAAAAGAAGAAAGAAUGAUGGGCGGUGCAGCUCUGUCUCAAUUGAGGAUAUCCGGGAUGUUGAAGAGCUACGAGCAGUUGAUGCAUUUAGGCAAUCAUUAAUUUUGGAUGAGUUGUUAAUGGAGCAGCAUGAUGAUUAUUAUAUGAUGUUGAGGUUUCUGAAAGCAAGGAAGUUUGACAUUGAGAAAGCAAAGAACAUGUGGGCUGAUAUGAUCCAGUGGAGGAAAGAUUUUGGUGCUGAUACACUUCUUCAGGACUUCGAGUUCAAAGAGAUAGAUGAAGUUUUGAACUACUACCCACAAGGUUACCACGGGGUUGACAAGGAGGGAAGACCUGUGUAUAUUGAAAGGCUCGGAAAAGUUGAUCCUAACAAACUCAUGCAAGUCACAACAUUGGACCGUUACAUAAAAUACCACGUUAAAGAGUUUGAGAAAACCUUUGCUAUCAAGUUUCCAGCUUGCACAAUUGCUGCAAAGAGGCACAUAGACUCUAGCACAACGAUUCUGGAUGUUCAAGGAGUGGGUUUCAAAAACUUCAAUAAGAAUGCUCGGGAGCUCAUUAUGCAGUUGCAGAAGAUUGAUGGUGAUAAUUAUCCAGAAACACUCCAUCAGAUGUUUAUCAUCAAUGCUGGUCAAGGAUUCAAGUUGUUGUGGAAUACCGUAAAAAGCUUUCUAGAUCCCAAGACCACUUCCAAGAUUCAUGUUCUUGGGAACAAGUAUCAAAACAAGUUGCUUGAAAUAAUAGAUGCUAGUGAGUUGCCAGAGUUUCUAGGUGGAACCUGCACUUGCUCAGAUCAAGGAGGUUGCCUUCGUUCUGAUAAAGGACCAUGGAAAAAUCCAGCAAUAUUAAAGAUGGUUGGUGAAGCACGGCGUUUCAAGCAGGUUCUUAAAGUUCUAAACACUGAAGGAAAGGUAGUCUACGCAAAACCCCGUUUCCCAAUGGUAAAAGGCAGUGACACAUCUGCAGAGUCGGGCUCUGAAGCUGAAGAUGUUGUUUCACCAAAAGCUAUGAAGAGUUUCUCGUAUCCACAACUUACUCCUGUUCGUGAAGAGGCAAGAGCUCCUGGGACAGGCAGCUAUAUGAAAAACUCCUCAGGACAUGAUGAAUAUCUUCCCGUGGUUGACAAGGUUGUCGAUUCUUGUUGGAAGAAAGACACAUAUCUUCAGAAUCCCUAUUUUCCUAAAGGUGUAAACAUGAAACAUAAAGAUGAUUAUUUGCAUACGGAAAAAACUCCAGAUGGACUAUACGCACGGGUUUUAGGAGCUCUUUUGACUUUCUUCAUGGCGGUUUUCAUGCUUCUUCGCACGGUUGUCUUUGGUGCUACAAAGAAACUUCCGGAAGCAUCCUCCUCCCACCAGGACCAAACUUUAGCACUUGCUAAGGACGAAGAGUUCCGACCUCCUUCACCAACUCCAGCAUAUACACAAGAUGAACUUCUCUCUGCUGUGCUCAAGAAGUUGGGUGAACUGGAAGAGAAAGUAGUUGCCAUUCAAGAAAAGCCAUCGGAGAUGCCAAACGAGAAAGAGGAGUUGCUAAAUGCUGCUGUCUGCCGAGUGGAUGCCUUAGAAGCCGAACUGAUUGCUACCAAGAAGGCUUUGUAUGAGGCUUUGAUGAGGCAAGAGGAACUUCUUGCCUACAUUGAUAGACAAGAAGAUGCCAAGUAUAGGAAAAAGAAGUUUUGCUUCUAAGGUCCUCGGUCAUGGCCCCCGUGCAGCUUGGUGUGUUUAACAAUACAUUGGAUUGAGAUUUAUAUUGUAUUUUGUUUGUUUGAAUUUUUAUACGAUGACUUGACCGUGUAAUUGCACCGAUAUAUACCGUACCAUAUUACCAUACCAUUGUGAAACAAAAAUGUACUGAAUAUGUGCAUAUAUCCAAAGAACAAAUAUGUACUCAAUGU